AACGUAACGGACCUGGAGUUACAGCACCUCCCCACUGUCUCUCAGCACGGGAAUAACACCCUGGACCCUCACUGGUGUAUCCAAGAUCUCUUUGUCACUCCCUGCAGCGGGCCGGGCUAUGCCCUGUACAGGGGACAGCAGCAGGGCACCCAGCCCCUGACGAAUGGCACUCUCCACCAGGGCUAUGGGGUCUCCCUGCAGAGGGGUGCCACCCUGGUGAUCAGCAGGGUGACAGAGAGCCACGCCGGCACCUACAUCUGCAGGAUGGGCAGGACCGUCUACAAGGUGAAGCUGCAGGUGGUCAGGCCAGGUAUCCUGCACUCAGUGUCCGGAAUAUGGAUCAUUCUGGUCACAGUGUUCCUCUGUCUCACUCUGUACAUCCUCAUCGUCGGCCUGAUGGUCUCUUUUCAUCGCAAACAGAAACACAGGACUCACACAGAGAGGAUUUCCAGGAUCAUGGGCAGUUUAUUCAGGCCCAGACCGGAAAUGGACGUGCCUUUCAGUGAAGAGAAGGACUCAGGGACUGAACUCAGUCGGACAGUGGUCAGGGAUGCUUCCUGUUCAACGAACUAUGAGAAUUUGGGAUCACGUGAAAACAUCAGUCCAGGGGAUCGGCGCUCUCUCAGUGAGCAUCUCAACCCAGAGACUGAUGCUGCACAGUCUUACGAAAAUCUCUGUGAAGAUGGCGACGAAGAUGAUGACGACGAUUACCUUGACCCGGCUGGUGAGGAUGGCAGCAUCAAUACAGAAGGGCAGCACUCUGAGAGGCUGAAUGGACCGAGUGUGUACGCAAUCCCAAACAAGGCCUCGAAGAUGGAUCAGGCAUCUACUGACGGAGGUCUGAGGGUCAGCUCCUGGGAUACAGAGGGAAUCCCGCACCAGUUCGAGGAAACCUCAGGAGAUAGCAGCAGCAGUGAGGAAGAUUACGCCGUCCCAGACGCUGAGACUCCGGUCGCGCUGAUGAUGGACACGAAUGGCACGUACACAAACCAAUCAGAACAGCGUCGAGGGACGAUGGGAGGGAGGGAGCACUCUCUCGACCAGGAGGGAGACACCGACAGGACCCUGGGAAAUGACGACUACAUGAAGAUGUGUGCAGCCCGCAACGUGAGCCAGAGAGACAUGCUGCCCCACGCAGGGGGAAGCUCAGCUGAAGAGUCGGUGAUGAUGGAGAGAUGCCGCAAACUGUUUAUGAAGAAGUUUCAGAGCAACGCCAGCCGUUACAGCAGCCAGGACGAGGCCGGGGGGAGUGUGAAAACCCUGCCGCGAGAGAAGAACCCUCACGCUGCUGCCUUCAGUACGAUGGACAGAAUGGCCACCCUCCCGGAGUGACUCAGGGGAGCUCGACGAGCGGCCAGGACCGUGCGGGACGGAGUAUCCAGCCGGAGAGAUCCGUCAGAAACUGGGAGGGGGCUGGGCUGGGCUGGG